AUGGCUUCUUUGCACUCCAUCGGCGAUUCAACGUGCCGACCGGACGUCCUUGCAGCCGCCAUCAAGAACAAGCAAACCAGGGGAGCUGACGAAGACUUUGGCGUGAAGCUCUCAGAAAAGUUCCAGGCCUUCUUCCAUUGGCCCCUGGGUACCAAACACUGCUCCGAAAGAUGGCUGGCUCCCCAGUGGCGGUGCGCACAGAAGGUGCAGGCAUCUCGGUGUGAGUCGUGCUGCUGUUUGAGUUGA